AUGAAGUUUCCACGGCAGGAUGGGAGUACGUCGGAUUACGAUUCGCCGGACACCUCGCAGUCGACGAACAAUCAUCAGGCGACCGUGGUCCAGGACGAAAGUAGCAGAUUGUCGCCCAACGAUCAGGGGGAACGUUCCUCGGAGCAAGAGUCGGAGGAGGCGGACGAGCCGGGUCUCCGGAUACCGCGGUUGAAUUCCCAGGGGAAGGUGAAAACGUUCAGGUGCAAGCAGUGCAACUUCGUCGCGAUAACGAAGCUCGAGUUUUGGGAUCACAGCCGUAACCACAUCAAGGCGGAAAAGUUGUUGACCUGCCCGAAAUGCCCUUUCGUGACCGAGUACAAGCAUCAUUUGGAGUAUCACUUGAGGAAUCAUUUCGGCUCGAAGCCGUUCAAAUGCGAGAAAUGCUCUUACUCGUGCGUGAACAAGUCGAUGUUGAACAGCCAUCUGAAAUCACACUCGAACGUUUAUCAAUACAGAUGCGCCAAUUGUACAUACGCGACCAAAUAUUGCCACUCGUUGAAGCUUCACCUGAGAAAGUACUCGCAUCAACCGGCGAUGGUGUUGAACGCGGACGGUUCGCCGAACCCGUUGCCGAUCAUCGACGUUUACGGGACGCGGCGUGGUCCUAAACAGAAGCCUGUGAGCAAGCCUGUGAACGAGGAGAUGAACAAUCAGAACAACAACAACAACAACAACAACAACAACAAUAACAAUAUCGCGAGCAACGGUGGCCAGAUCGCUUCUCCUCAACAAGUGGUGCCCCCCCAAAUAUCCCCCACGCCUUCGAAUCACGUCGGUUUGUGCGCGAUGAAGAACGGGAUGAACGCCGCGAUCAACAACACCAACAACACCGGGACGGCUAUCGCGAGCACGUCGAGCGGGAUCACGCACAGCCAGGCUGUGAUCACGUAUCCGUACAAUCAACUGUUCACCGGUUUCGCCCUCUCGCAAUUAUCAUCGAGCACAAACGGGGGGGAGGAUAACGGCGAGAAUCAGUUGGAUCAGUUGGGAAAGGGGAACACGUUGAUGGAUUACCUAAGGGCGAUCGACGAGGAGAGGAUGUCCGCCGAGGCGGCCCAGGAUCUCGUGGUCAGAUGCCCUAACGGGAACGGGGAGGCGUCGAACGGCGUGAACGGGACGUCGGACAGCGGGGCGUCCAGCAUGACCGAGGUAUCGAUGGAACCGAAUCCGAUAGAUCAUGUGAACGCGUACAUGGACACCCGAGUGGCGCCGCUGGAUCUCAGCAAGCCCAGCGAUACCUCGGCCAAUGGUUGCUCGGCCGUUGGAAAGUCGAGCGGCAAUUCGCCCAAGGUGACCGGUACCAGCAGAAGAAAGGGGAAGGCGGUGAAGUUGGAGCGCAGGGUGCUCGAGGAGGACACGGACGACGAGCAACACGAUCACUCGUCCCAACAGCAGUAUCAGCAGCAGCAGCAGCAGCAACAACAGCAGCAGCAGCAGCAGCAGCAACAGCAACAGCAACAACAGAUGCAGCUGCAGCAGUUGCAGUUACUGCAACAGCAACAGCAAUGGCAACACUUGGUGGAACAGUUGUACUCGCAGACGCAACCGCACAUGCAACAACACCAGUUGCUCCAGUUGCAGCAGCAGCUGCAACAAUUGAAACAAUUGCAAUUGCAGCAAUUGCAGCAGCAUCAGCUACAGCAUCGCGUGUCGAUGGAGUCGGACGGAUCGUUCGAAUCCUCGUCCUCGAGCAGCCCGAGUUCCGGCGAGGGGAAGGACGCAGAAACCGAGCGCAACUUCCCGAUAAAUCACGAGCUCACCUGCCAUUUCUGCGAGAUCGUAUUCGGUAACGUGAUCAUGUAUACCGUUCACAUGGGCUAUCACGGCUUCCAGGAUCCUUACACGUGCAACAUGUGCGGACACCAAUGCAACGACAAGGUGUCCUUUUUCCUCCAUAUUGCCAGAUCGAAGCAUUCCUAG